AUGCGUUCAACUCUCGUUCAGACCCUGACGGCUUUCGCUUUCCUUGCGGUCUCCGUCAAAGCCCAAACACCUGCUUUCCGCGGUGAACUGCUCUUGGAGCCUGGCAUCAACAGUGCAAAAUGCUUGACUGCUGCCUCCAACAACGACGGUGCAUUCGUCACCAUUCAGCCGUGCAACGGUGGAGCGUCUCAAAAAUGGACUUUCUCCGGCGGCAACAUCAAGGUCUUUGGCAACAAGUGUCUCGACGCGACUGAUGGCAGUACCACGGACGGCACGAAGAUGCAGAUCUGGUCUUGCGGAGGUAACAACCCCAACCAAGCGUUCAGCUACAGCGUCUGGGACAACCGCAUUACUUGGGUCAAUAAGGGCAAGUGCGUUGAUCUCUCGGGGGGCAGACAAGAUGAUGGCAAUCGUAUUCAAAUAUGGUCCUGCCGAACGAACAACAUCAACCAAGUCUGGAAGGCCGGAUACUCCGUCAACGCUCUUCCUCAGACCUCGCAAGAUGAGCAAUACGGUACCAACAACUGCGGCACGGGUUCCAGCCAGACCUCGAGAUGCCAGACUGCUUGGAUCAACUCUGCGAGCGACUUCUGCCUUUGGGCUCCCCCGUACCUCGGGAACGUCGGCGACACUGAGCGCAUGGCCGUCGCCUUCUGCACCAAAUCCGGCCGAGGCACACGCACCAUACCCGACGGCACGUUGAAGGGCGUCCAUUUCGUCAAGACUCCUGAAUACGUCCAGGUCACAGGAGUGGGCAAUUUCACCAACAUCAACGUUCCUCGCGGUGAUGAUGGCGGCGAGCUUGACAACAGGGGUGCUGAUGGUCGCGGAAACCCGAUUGGCGGUCUUCUCUACGGGAACAGCUUCGGCGCGAACCUCCAAUACCACGAAUGGACCAGCUUUAUCUCCGACGACGAGUUCUGCAUCCGUGCUUGCGUUGGAGCUCGCGCUACCGCCUUGUGCAACCAUAUAUACGACAUCAUGGGCUGCUACUGGAACAUCCCUGCUAACUAUAAUGCUAACCAAUAUGAAGAUUGCGACGGCAAUGCUGCCAUCCCCAUGGGCGUCUACGGCACUAGCACCUGGUACCAAGGCGUCAGCCCCACGCCUGCGCCACACCCCGCUCCGGCGUCCUCAAACUGCAGGCCUCUCCCUACCGUCUCUGUCUCUCCUGCACUCGCCCGCCGCGACAACGUGCUUAAGAUGCGCGGUGCGCCUGCAUUCCCUGGCGCAACUCCUGCUCCUUCUGUUUGA